AUGAAUCCUGAAGAUUUUAUCCGGUAUGUUGGUGCUGAUAAUAGGAUUGUAGACCCCAUCAUGGAAGAUCCCUGUGGUUUGAAUCGUUCCAGAAUAAGCUUUUGUGUAUACACAAUUCUGGGAGUUAUAAAACGAGCUCGUUGGCCCACUUCCUUGGAAGAGGCAAAAGCUGGAGGAUUUGUGGUGGGAUAUACACCUAAUGGCAAUCCAAUCUACCGUAACCCCUGCUCAGUGCAGAUCCUGAAACUUUUUGACAACUUGCUUGCUCUGAUAAGGACCCACAACAAUUUGUAUAUGCCAGAGAUGGUGGCUAAAUUGGGAGAUACCUUUGCAAAGGCCUUUGAUAUGCUGGAAGUGGAGAAGAAUGCCAUCCUUGGUCUCCCCCAGCCUUUGCUGGAACUUUAUGAUUCUCCUGUUUACAAAACAGUCUUAGAAAGGAUGCAGGGGUUCUUCUGUACACUCUAUGACAACUGUUUCCACAUUCUGGGUAGUGCUGGCUCAUCCAUGCAGCAAGAUUUCUAUGUUGUUGAGGGUCUAGCAGCUGAGCUCCUCAACUCAGCCUUCAUCAAUCUGGACAAUAUUCCUGACUACAGACUCCGCCCUAUGCUUCGUGUUUUUGUGAAACCUUUGGUUGUCUCCUGCCCACCUGAACACUAUGAAUCUUUGAUCUGCCCUAUACUUGGACCUCUGUUCACCUACCUACAUAUGAGGCUGUCUCAGAAAUGGCAAGUUAUCAAUCAGCGGAGUUUGGUAUGUGAUGAAGAUGCAGUAGAUGACAAUCCAGAAUCUCAAGAGAUGUUGGAAGAGCAGCUUGUUAGACUGCUCACCCGAGAAGUUAUGGAUCUAAUUGGUGGGUGAAAUGAGUAAUAUAUGGAUACAUCUCCUUAAUUGGGGGGAAUGCUAUUCGCAGUUUUUACAGGAAUUUAGAUAUUACAAUACUUGACAACUACCAGAUUAUCUAAGUAUUCGCUAUUUUUCUUUUAUUUUCAAAAAUGCUCUUGCUCAUCUCAUCAAGAUGUUCCUUAAUUAAUGGAAGACAUCUUGGAAGACAGCGUUUAUAUCUUUGAUACCCAAAGAAGAUCAAGAUACUACUCAACCCAAAAAUUAUAGA